AUGCUGUCCCGGACCAAGAGUGCCAGGCCGUCCCUGGACGCGAAGCCGCUUCUCAAGCGAGCACACCGGAAAGUGGACAAGCGGCUGCUGCUGUGGUACUCCUUCGUCUACCUCAUCAUGCGCAUCCACGUGUCAAACAUCAGUAACUCGGCCAUCAUGAACGUCGAGGCCGGCACGGGCAUUCGGAAGCAGCUCGGCAACCUAUCCAGUUCGCAAUGGGCCUGGGCGCUCAGCAUAUUCUACUACCCGUACAUGUUCGCGGAGCCUCUUGCCACCCUCGCUCUCAAGCGAUUCUCGCCUUCUGUGUGGAUGAGCCGCAUCAUGGUUACCUGGGGUAUCAUCUCCAUGUGCCAGGGCGCCACGCAAAACUACGCUGGCAUUCUGGCCUGCCGCUUCUUCCUGGGCCUUGCCGAAGCCGGCUUCUACCCCGGCGUCCUUUACCAUCUCAGUUUCUGGUACCCCACGGAGAGGCUGCCGCUCCGCAUCGGCUUCUUCUAUGCCUGCGGCAUGUUCUCCGGCACCAUUAGCGGACUCCUCGCCUACGCCAUCUCUUUUAUGAAUGGCAUCUCCGGCCUUGCUGGCUGGCGGUGGCUGUUCAUUCUAGAAGGCAUUCCGGCUAUUCUCUGUGGUGUCGUGACCUUCUUCUUCCUCCCCAACUAUCCUGAGACAGUCAAGUUCUUGACCGACGCCGAGAAGGAGGCCAUCAUCGACGAUCUGCCGGAACAAGCACCAAAAAUGAAUGCUAAGACUCUGAACUUCGACCAGAUCAAGGAGCUAUUCAGAACUCCUAGCUUCAUUCCUUUCUCUUUCAUCUGGAUCACCCACGGCAUUGGCGGGUGGGGUAUCUCCUUCGUGUUGCCCACGGUCAUCUACGAGCUGGGCAUUCAGGGCUCCGCUGCGUCGCAACUGAUGACUAUGCCGGCUUUUACGAUGGUUUUCAUCAUCUUGCUUUCCCUCGCCUUUUUGACGCACACCAAGCGCCUGAACCCAUUCGUUGCUGGGCUCUUCGUCGAGAGUGUUCAGAUUGUGUGCUACAUCCUCCUCAUCACGGUCAAGAAUGCGGUAGCCAAAUACAUAUUCGUAAUCACUGCCACUGCUGCCUCUCAAAGCUUCUAUCCUCUCCUGUGGCCUGAACGUAUCCGAGCGGCCAAAGGAACCACCUCUGCAGGCCUGGCGAUUGGCUGCACGAACGCUCUGGCUCAACUGAUGGGCAUUGUGGGACCCCAAAUCUACCAACCAAAGUUUGGCCCAUCGUACAGAAUCAGCUACUGUGCAUCCAUCGGCCUGCUCGUCGGAACUCUCAUCUCGGUCUCUGCAGCUUGGUGGGCAGUGCGGGUUGAGGAUCGCAGAGCGAAAUCGUCUGGGCUCUUCGCCGGGUCGGGAAAUUCGAGCGUCCAGCAGGUUGAGUCGCAGAAGGCUGAGAAGUCGCCAGCUUGA